UGGCUUUGCACCACCUACCUCUGCCGGUCCCGCCCACCCUCUCCUGCCCCUUGACCUGCGGGAGCACAGCCUCAGUCGGCUCCAGCACCAGGACAUCCACCGUGUCAUGCUGCGCCCGCUGCUCGCCAGGCUGUGGAGCAUGACUGCGGGGACUCAGUCAUGGAGAAACAGCAGUCAGACCCUGUCCCCGUCCCCGUGCCUUAUCCAGAGACUUGACCACAUCGUUAUGACAGUAAAGAGCAUCAAAGACACCACCAUGUUUUACUCCAAUGUCCUGGGCAUGAAGGUGACAACUUUCAAGGGAGAUCGGAAAGCACUAUGUUUUGGAGACCAGAAAUUUAACCUCCAUGAGAUGGGAAAGGAAUUUGAACCCAAAGCCAUUCACCCCUUGCCUGGAUCCCUGGACAUUUGUCUGAUCACAGAGGCGCCUCUGGAGGAGAUGAUCCAGCGCCUCAAGGCUUUUGAUGUCCCCAUUGAGGAGGGCCCAGUCCCCAGAACAGGGGCAAAGGGGCCAAUUAUGUCCAUUUACUUCCGAGACCCAGACAGAAACUUGAUUGAAGUGUCCAACUACAUCUCCUGAUCACCACCACCCUUCAUCUGUUUCCCCUCGUGCAGGUUUGAGACUAAACCUAUUGUCUGAGGGCAUCAUCCAAGCCACACAAUAAAUGAACUGUGUCCCUGAAUGCA